AUGAACAGGAAGUACUGGCUGCCAGUUCACUACCCAAAGGUUCUAAACAGCGCCACCUGCUGCUGGAACACCUGCGCUGCCGGGGUGAUCCAGCAGGGCAGCGGGGAGAUUGUCCCGUGGCGUCAGCCCUCAGAAGAAAUCGAUGCCAGAAACUACCUUCCCUGUCCACUAUGUCUUGGGUUCUUUCUUCGGGCCGAUCUUUGGAAACAUCAGGUCUCCUGUCGUAAGAAGCUUGCCAUUGACCCCUCACAAGGUCCCGCCUCUAAGGCAGAGUUCCCCUUUAAAAGCCCCACUUUACUGACGGACAUCCCUUCCACAGGCCAUUCCUCCAUGGCAGAGGCCCUCAGGCCCUCUGACCCGGAGACAUCAGGCUCCAUGGGUAAAUCCUCCAACGAUCUAGCAGAAAAUAAUCCUGAAGAUCCUUUUAGACAAACAUCAAACCAGAGCUCUGAACCUGGAACCAAUCAGACCCUGACCUCUGCCCCUGGUAUGGAUCAGAAUCAGAACAUUGACUUAGUAUUGAACCAGCCCAAGAAGAGGACCCGGGUCCAGGCUGCAGCAUCUCGCCUGCUGCCCAUCUCCAGUGGAGCGUCAGAAAGCUGUAGCAAAAUCCUGCACCGAAUGAACCAGGACAAUGUUUCCUAUGAGGUGAAAUCUGAUUGGCUGAUCUGUAAAUACGGGAACCAGCUGAUUGGAAACCAGGAUGGUGGUCAUCGGAAGUACGACUACUUCAGCCAGAAGCUCCGAGAACUUGGUCGAUUGUUGUUGGCAGCCAAGUCGCUGAACUCUGGGAUCCAGACCCUGCAAGAUCUUCUGACUCCGGGUCACCUCAGCCUGGUCCUGUCUGCUGCCCAGAAGGCUGCAGGAUACCGAUGGAGCCGACCUCCGCUGUCUGUGAAGUCCACACUGAAGACCGUCUGUGAAAUAGCCAUCGAAGAGAGUCUGCAGGACGGAGACUGGGAGGCUGCCGCCAAGACCACCAAGUUCUACGACAUCCUGGGGAGGGAGUGGGACAGUCUAGGCCUGCAGAACUCUGAUCCAGACCUUGCUGCUCCAGAUGAAGGAACCAAACCACAGAAGAAGGUGGUCCAGUCCACAAGUGAACCAAGAGAACCGAGGUCCGAUGUUGUGCCUCAGAACAGUAACACACCGGGGAUCUUCCCAAUCUCUCCAGAAUCCAGACUGCAGACUCCAGUCCCAGGUCCUGCUCCUCCCAGGAAGGUCCCCCGUCGGCCCUGGUCCUCCUCAGAGAAGGAAGCCAUCUGGAGGCAGCUUGGAGACCACGUCCUGGUCCAGUCCGUACCGGGGAAGGAGGUCUGUCAGCGAUGUCUGGAUCUGGAACCGGUCCUCCGAGGGCGGCACUGGAAAGAUAUCAAGAACCAGGUCCACAACCAGAUCCAGAGUCAGAAGAAGCAGCAGUUCCACGCACAGAUGGAGCUGGAGGAGAACCAGAAACACCAGAACCAGAACCAGAAACAGCUUCUGCCACACGAAUCCCAAAUGGACCACCAGAGCAAAGAACCCCCCCAGAACCAGAAGAAACAGUCAUACCAGGUCCAGAUGGACCUGAAUCAUCAGGACAGCUCUCAGAACCCAAAGAGACCUCAGUAUCAGGUCCAGGUGGACCACCAGAUCCAGGACAGCAUUCAGAACCAGAACAAAGAGCACGACCAUCAGGCACGUCUUCUCAUCCACAAGAAGCAGCUGUACCAGACUAGACUGGAUCACCAGGACCACA